UCCAGCCGCGGUGUUGUGCUGUGGGGAAGAGAGACGGGUUUGUAAACCCCAGAGCGAGGUUCAGCCAGCCCGAGGCCGCUGCUGUGUGGAGACCCCGGGGGAAGCCACCAUCGCCAUGUCUGACCAGGAGGCAAAACCUUCAACUGAGGACUUGGGAGAUAAGAAGCAAGGAGAAUACUUUAAACUCAAAGUCAUUGGACAGGAUAGCAGUGAAAUUCACUUCAAAGUGAAAAUGACAACACAUCUCAAAAAACUCAAAGAAUCAUACUGUCAAAGACAGGGAGUUCCAAUGAAUUCACUCAGGUUUCUCUUUGAAGGUCAGAGAAUUGCUGAUAAUCACACUCCAAAAGAACUGGGAAUGGAGGAAGAAGAUGUGAUUGAAGUUUAUCAGGAACGAACGGGGGGUCAUUCAACGGUUUAGAUAUUGUUUUAUUUUUUUUCUUUUCCGGCAAUCCUUUUUUAUUUUUAAAAAUAGUUCUUUUGUAAUGUGGUGUUCAAAACUGAAUUGAAACUGGCACCCCAUCUCUUUAAAACAUCUGGUAAUUUGAAUUCUAGUGCCCAUUACUCAUUAUCAUUUGUUUCCAUUGUGCUGAUCUUUGGUGAUCAAACUUCAGCCCCCUUCAUAUAGCCCUUCCUUUUUAAAAGUUACAUGUGUGCACACAAGAGAGGCCACCUUUUCCAGGACUGCAUUUUCAGGCUUGUGAUAAAAAAGAUCAACCAAUGUGAGUGUUGACAAUGACUUUCCAAUUGGCCCUGAAGUUCUAGUAUAUGACUGCUUCACUCCUGGACUGUGACUUUCAGUGGGAGAUGGAAGUUUUUUGGAGAGCUGAACUGUGGAAAAAUGACCUUUCCUUAACUUGAAGCUACUUUACAAAUCUGAGGGUCUGGACCAAAAGAAGAAGAUAGGUUGGGUUGGAGUCAAGAUGACUGAGAUGGUGAGAGUAAUGACUAACUCCAAAGAUGGCUCCCCUUGAAGAGAAAGCAUUUUAAGAUGAAAGAAAAAUCUUGUCAGAAGAUCCCAGAAAAGUUCUAAUUUUCAUUGCAGUUAAUAGUUAUUCAUGCAGAGGUGUAUACAACAGAACACUGCUCUUUUUGAUUUAGUUUGUACUUUUUGGCCUGGGAUAUGGGUUUUAAAUGGACAUUGUCUGUACCAGCUUCAUUAAAAUAAACAAAAUAUUUGUAAAAAAAAAAAAAAAA